UAAAGAUGUAUUCGUUUGAUAUGAGUUUGAUUUAUGACAUUUGCCGUUUUUACGCCUCUUCCUGGUUCUCUGAACGGCUUAACUUGCAAAUUGAAACGUAGUUUCGUUUCAUUCAAAUAGGUUAUAGUAGCUUAGCUGGCGAUUGCGGCUGUUUUUCUAAUAGAGGAUUACAUCCAUUCAUUAGAAUAUCAAAGAUAAUCGGGCUCGCUGUACGGUUCUAUUGAGUCCAAGUGUAGCUUGUUCUGUUUUUCGUUUAGUUUCAGUGUUUCUUCAAUUUAGAAUAGUUUCCCCGACUUAGAUUAUUCACAUUAAUUAGGUAUUAAUUUAGAGAGUAUUUUAUACUCUCCAAAUCACUAUAUGCGAAUUUUGAAAUCUGCGGUGCUCGAAAUUUUGCACUAUAUUUUCGUCAAAGUGCAUCGUAUUCUAGUUGGUAUGAAUGCUUAAUGAGAACUUUUCUCGUUUGGAUGCAUCGCGGGAAAACCAUGACUAGUUUCAUUAACGGAAUGGGCUGUGCCGCAUUUUAGAUGUUUCGAUGGAAUAUUCUCUAUCAUAAUAUAUUCAUAUAUAUAUAUAUAUACAGUACAAAAAGUGUGUUUGAGACUAAUAUCACGAAGAAUGGAAUUAGCCUAUUAUUUACAGUCGUAGGCUUAUAUUUUUAUCUAAAUGACUACUCGUUUUAUUUAGAUUUGCAUAGGCAUCAAAUAAUCAAGUUUGUUAAAUGACUUGCAUUACCGAAUUCCGAUUUAGGUGACUCCCUAUUUGAGCGCUUUUCCAUGUUGAGACUUAAUUGCUAUUCUUAUUAAUUAGGCUAUAUUAUAUUCCAUUCCGUUAACUAUUUAAUAAGAUCUUGUUUGGUAGAUCGCAAUGGAGAUACUGCAGAAAAAAAGGAAGUUACACAAAACCCUGAUCUAACACUGGUCUAUGAACUCGCACCGUUUGUUGUAUUCGCUCCGUUUAACCCCCUUAAAUGGACGGACGCGAAGUCAUGGACCGGUACAGGUACUUCAUGUUCAACCAGCGCAGUAUGGUGGUGCUGGGCAUCCUGCAGGUGGCCUGUGCGGGUCUCUGCGUGGUCUGCGGGUUCAUCGACGCCGCCUUCCGGAAAAGCACAGCGCUGAGCAGCACCCGGGCGCCCAUGUGGGCAGGCACGGUAAUGGCAGUACCGGGAGUUCUGGCACUAUUCUCCUCCCAGAAAAAGAACCCCAUAUUGGUGAACGCCAUGAUCGCCGCCUCGGUCUUCUCCUGCUUCACCACCCUCAUCGUGGCCGUCUACGCCGUGCUGACCCUGAGCUACGGGGAGGACGACGACGAGCUCUUCCACCCCAGUCAUGUGGUCAUCCCCAAAGCGAAGUUCAUCCUGAGCCGGAUGGUGAAGGGAGCGAAUGGUACGAUGCUGCUCUCCUGCUGUGGCAGCAUCCUGCUGUCUGUCCUCAUCUCCUUGGUGGGCUGCCGCAGCCUACCCUUCUGUGGCUGCUAUGACAGCAGCACAGGACUGGAGACGCUGGUUCCCCAAGAUGAGCCAAACCCACAGGCAGAGCUAAUCUGCACCUGGCAAGCAGGUGGAGACGACAGGCUGUUUAAUUCCCCUGUGCUGCCCUCUUAUAAGGAUGCAGAAGAGGAGGCGGAGCCUGCCGAACCCCCACCCUACGUCAGAUUGACCUGAUAGGUGCACUCAUCGUAGGUCCCACCCACUAGUUUUAAACGGUUUAUGCUACUCGGAAGCCUCAACAUUUAACUAUUUUAUGUUGAAAUUGUAGACUUGAAUCCCCGUUUGACAAUGGAGUUCUUGUGCAGCUUUUAAGUGUUUACCGUAACAAGAACCUAAUUUACCAAAAUUCAAUACUUUCAAUAAUGAUACAUUAUUAAGCACUUUAUCUCCCCCCUCAUUACAUUUCUUCUUUCAUUUGACCUUGUAAAUUAACUUUUGUUUUGUGGUUAUGUAAAUAUUUUUGUAUGGAAUGAUGGCUGUUGCUCUAUGUGGUUUUAAACACUUUUUUAAAAAUAUAUUUUGAUGGCAGUGCAAUAUGUACAUGUUGUAAUUUUAAUUGCAAAAUGUGCCAAGGAAUUUGAGAGUUUGGUGUCGUCUGAUGCACUCCUAGUCUCUGGAUGAUUGCGGCAGAGGUCCUGCUUGUAUUUGUCCUGUGGUCGAAUUAUAAGUUGAAGAAUUUCAUUAAACUUGACAAUGAUUA